UAUUUGCUUGGAAAAAUCAAUUUUGUAUAUAUGAAGGAAAAACAGCUGUUAUUUGUGUUUAAUGUUUGCGUGUGUAUAAUGAAAAGAAAACAUCAAGCGUUUCCAGUUGCAUGAAAAGUGUACAGAUCUUAGAGACAGUACAUCAGUGCAGGUGUUUCAAGUAAUGGUGUAUGUGAAUAAUUUACCAUCUAUUUUAUGGGAACUAUUAUUUGAAAAUAAUCAAAAAGGUGAGGCACGAAAAUGGCGUGUAUUAGGCCAAGAACAAGAUGGAAGUAUGUUAUUUACAUGGAUCCAUAUAUGCGCAGAAAAUCCAGUACCUGCAAGUCGAAUUGGCAUUUAUUCACAUCAAAAUAAUACAUUAAAGACUGUCUACUGUUUUGACAACAUUGUGAAUACAAUCCAAGCUUCAGUCAACGCGGAUCAGACACUAUUAGCUUUUGUUACCAAAGAUGUUGAAAUCAAUGAAAAUGUGGAAAAUGAUCCAGAAAAUACGAAAAUUGAUAUGUAUAAAGCAUAUAUUGUGGAAAUUAAUACGAAAGAAAAACGGCAAAUACAUUAUUUAAAUAUUGCACGGAGUAAACAAAUUAUGGUACAAUUUUUGUAUCGGAAGCAAAGGAAAAUUGCUGAUCGGAAUUCACGAGAAAAACUUGUGUUUUUCAUUCAUCAAGAAGUUGUUUUAUUGUAUAAUUUCGAAUUAACACGAAAUUUGGAAGAAGAUUCUGAUUGGAUACUCGAUAAAGAUAUAAUUAGUUCAGAAUGUUUGGCAAGAGCAUUCAUUUGGGCACAAUGGGAUCCAAUUCAUCAAUCACUAUUUUACAUCCAUUUUCGUAAACCAGUGAAAAGUUUGGUUGAAGGUGAGGAGAGUGAUAAAAAUGCGGAAGAUAUAAGAUCAUCACCCACGUUAUCUGGCUUACAAUUUCAUGAUGAUUUACCACACGAGACUGUGCUCAAUAUUCCCCUAAAUCUUCCACAAUUACCGCAUGCGGGUGUUAAACCUUGUGGUAUAUAUGCGGAUGACGUGAUACCCUUACGAAUCCAUGAUUGUUCACUGGAUUUGUAUAUUGCAUCCGAUCCACGAGGUAUUGUUUGCAUAUGCCAUCAUUAUUUGUAUGAACCGUUGGAAUCCAUAACUGUUGGCCAAAAAGAACCAACCUUUUCUGGUAAUAAUCAAAUUGGAACUGUACAUUUAGCAUAUUCGAUAACAUUGUUACACCAUGGCUGCGUUUUGCAUUGUGUGGUGCCCAGAAUUAAAUGGACUGAUGCAAAAGCAAUUCGACCCACAUUCUCCUUAUAUGGAGAUCAUCAUAUGAUUGUAUUUGUGCCAGGAUUAUUUACACAUUUACUGGAUAUCGGGACAAGUCACGAACCAAUGUGUCACAUAGUUACAUCCCCAUGUAUUGUGCCUUGUAUUGGGGGUGGGGGUGGAGGUACUGGACUUGAUACCCAAUAUCAUAUUGUACCAUUGAUCAACUAUGGUAAAAAUGUGGGCAUCAACUUAAUUAAUUUAGAUUUGGUUGAAUUAAAUGUAACUACAUCGCAAUUAAUUGAAACCUUUAAAAGUGACAGUUCAGCGGAUAAUAAAAUCGCUAUAUUACAUUAUUUGCUGGUACAUCAAAGUGAGUUUGAUUCAGUUGGCGAAUUAAUAACAAUCUUAGCGGAUAAACCAAUACCUCUAACAAUGACGAAAGUAUUAAAGGAAUUUUUAAUUGCGGGUGCUUAUGCAACAUCAUUACGAAAUUUACCACAAGAUGCGUUACAAUUAGUUCAUUUAUUACCAAUUUCCACAAUGACAUCAUCGAAAGAUGUCGAAGUGAAAAUUAAUAAAAAUAUUCAGGUGAAAUUAACACAUGAAGUAUUAUGGAACACAGCAAUGAUGCUUUUAUCGCCACAACAGCGAAUCGUACCAUAUCGAGGUGAUAUGUGGACCCGAUUAUGGGAACAAUUAUCAAAUAUUAGCAAAGGACGUCAACGAUUUAAGACCAGUCAAGUGUCAGAUAAAUUAAUAAUAUCGUUGGUAUGUUAUCAACCAGAAGCGUUAUCACGAUGCAGUACACCGUUAUCGCCUGGAGGUGCGUCGCUUGUUGGCUCGACAUCGUUCGGAGAGAUUGCAUCAUCUUUGGGUCAGUCACGUAAAUAUGCGGACUCUUUGCCAUUCUAUGAGAUUGAAACAUGUACGGCGAGUAAACAGGAGCAUGUGAUUUCCGUAAAUUUACGAGAAUUAUCGAUGCAUUUGCUGAAACAAACCGCGGGCACUACUGCCACUGGUUCCACAACCAUUUCGUUUGGAAUGAAAGGUAUGUGGCAAACUCAACAGACACCGAUGCAUGUUCAUGCUGUUGCUACCAGAUAUGUGGCUGCUCAAUUGGAAAUGUCGAAAUUAUUGUGCCAUUUAUUAUGUCGAAGUGUCGGUAUUCAAUCUAGAAAUGAUUCUGAAAAAGGUUUUCUGUUAAUUGAUCAGUUGGAUGACCAAACGAAAUACAUCCUUUUCACAUUAUUGGAACGAUAUUACUUGUGCGUGGAAUCGUUAGCAUUUCCCUUACCACAAGGCUUCAAUUCAUUCUUCGCUUUUUUGGGCUAUCGUGUGCUUUCAUUUUCAAUGUUCAUGCAAUAUGUGAAACGUAAUGUUUUCGAAUUACAAGUGGAUGUCAUGAAAAUUAUUAUGGCUGAUAUUAGUGACACCAAAGAAGGAAUGGCCAGAAAAUUAAAAUUGUUAAGUUUAUUGCCACGAUCCAGAGCAAAACGAUUGUUAAGUCAGUGGAGUCAUCCGAUCGCUUUGAUGAUUCGUGCUAGGGAACAUGCGUUGAAUGUAUUAUCAGGUGUUGAAGGUCAACAGCCUAGACCGCACUCUUUACAGCGAACAAAAACCAAUCAAUUAGGGUUGGCAGCAUUUCCAUCAGCGGAUCGUUUAUCUCCGUUGGAUACAUUUUUAGAUCUAUUAACAGCAAAAGCAAGUUUAACUGAUUUAGAUUUUGGAUUACUAAUUGAGGCAACGAUUGCUUCAACUGAGGAAUUUUUAUAAAAAAAUUUUUAGUAAAUUUUAUGUGUGCCAAAAAUAAAUGAGAGAAAUAAUGCUCAUGGCCAAAAAAAUUUAAUAUACGUAGUGCAAUAAUUUACUCAUCUAAACAGAUCAAAUUAUUUGUUCCUAAAAACUAUGGUCAUUUAUUUGUUGCGAAUAUUUUAAUUUGUUUCUUUUUUUUUUUAAACGCAAAUAUUUAGUCAUGCGCACAAAAUUAUCACGUAUUCUUCACUAUAAAGAUUGAACCUCUUCAAGACGAUAAGAAUCGUGCCGCUUUCCCAAUAAAUUUUCGACGAGCGUGGGAAUGAUCUCGGAAAUUUUUCUGGGUAACUUUAAAAGAUUCCUGCGUAUGAUUGAAUAUUUGCUCAUUAGCUCAUAUUUGCUUAACAAAUAAAAAAAUACAAGAUAAUAUUUUUAAAAGUUGGUCCAUAUUCUCGUCUAGUCCCGUCCAAGUAAUGAUGAAUCAGUAAAUCAGUACAACAUCACCGUCUGUUUAUCUUGUAUUUGAAUUUGACUCUUAUUUUGCUGAAGAUUUACAUCAGAUCCUAGUCGAUUAAAAAAAAGUGUGAUAGAAAAAGAACCUUUAAUUUAAUUGGCAACAUACUGUGCUGUAAAACCAGGCUCGGAUUUACCGAACAGGCAAUGUAGGCACGUGUCUCAUUUGGGGGGCUUAGAGACUUAAUAUUGAAAGAAUGACAGCCCCGCGGACCCAGUGCAAAAUUUCCUUGAUGAGAGUAAAAUACUGGUGGUGAAAUGAAGGG